UGCCGGACAUCGUACGUUGUGAAUCUUGCAUAAUUAUUAUGGCUGCGUUCGAAAAUCAUUGCUUCUUUCGCCUUGAUCAAAUAUUACUCCAUUCCGAUGAGAUUUUUGAACGCAGUCUGCAAAGACCUGAAAUGUGAAAUGCAAAUGGUGACGAAUAGGCGGGAAAACGUAUAAAGAGCCGGGUGAGCGUAGCUACAUGAAUUAAAAUAAUGCACGCUUUCCUGAAGACUGGUAAACUAGGCGCCCCAACAGAUGUGAAGAAACCGUCAACUUCUCGCGCUAAGGAUGACAAGAAGGACUUGACACCAUGGGUGGAAAAAUACCGGCCGAGAAAUGUCGACGACAUCGUGGAACAGACGGAGGUGGUGAAUGUGAUAAGGCAAGCCAUGAAGCACGGAGACUUUCCUAACAUGCUGUUUUAUGGGCCACCUGGUACAGGGAAAACCAGCAUUAUCCAUGCGGCUGCAAGGCAGAUGUUUGGUAGCAUGUACAAGGAUAGGAUACUGGAACUAAACGCAUCUGAUGAUCGAGGCAUCCAGGUUGUGAGGGAGAAGAUUAAGUCCUUUGCACUGCGCAGGGCUAAUCCCAUCGGACCAGACGGGAAGAAAUGUCCACCAUUUAAAAUCAUCAUAUUGGACGAAGCGGACAGUAUGACCGGCGCCGCGCAAACAGCGCUUCGUAGAAUUAUGGAAAAAGAGGCUCAUAGCACGCGUUUUUGCCUGGUAUGCAAUUACCUGUCGCGAAUUAUCAAGCCGAUAGCGUCGCGCUGCACCAAAUUCCGGUUCAAGCCAUUGAGCGAUGAGAAGAGUAUCACCAGACUUGAAUAUAUAUGCAAUGAGGAAAAUCUGAAGGCUGAUAGAAGCGUUCUAGAGAAAAUCGUUGAAGCAUCGGGCGGCGAUUUGAGACAGGCUGUAAUGUGUCUGCAGUCGAUCACACGAUUGAAGGGCAAGGACUACGAGAUCACCGUGGACGAUGCUCUCGAUGUGAUCGGACUAAUUCCCGAUGAUAAAAUUGAUACACUAUGGGAGACCUGUAAAAAAGGGAGUUAUAAUAAUGUCGAAAAGUUGCUCGAAGAGUUGCUGCUGGAAGGAUAUCCGGGUUCACAGGUAAUUGAACAAUUAAACGAGAAAGUAGUUUUCUCUGAUGAACUUACUGACAAGCAGAAAGUGAUAAUUGGCGAUAUGCUCGGGGAAUGCGAUUAUAAAUUAACGGAAGGAAGUGACGAAUAUCUGCAGCUUUUAAGUAUAUUUUCUACCAUCUUAGCAGCGUGGAAGUUAUAAAAAAGUUAUAAAAAUAUGCUUCUAUAUGUAAAAACAUUUAUAUUUAUAUUUAUAGAUGUAUUGUGUAAGUAGAGAGCUUUUAUAUAUAUUUUUAAAAAAAUUGUUCACAC